AUGGGCACAAGAGUUCGUCGGCCCAAGAGAAAAGGCCAGUGGCCGUGCUGUGCUGAGGGUACCCUAGACGUGGUGCUGCCCAGCGUCCUGACGAUGAUUCCCCGCUCGAACAUAGUGAUGGCGUUGAAGCUGAUCUUAGAGAUAAAGGUGACAGUGGAGCUCCUCGUGAUGAUCAGGGUCAAGGGGAUGACGUUUGGGGCUCAGGACGCGAAUGGGGUCAAUGGAGUGGCGGCUGGGGAACCAGCCAGUGGACCCACUCGUGGGGGAAAGACAAUCGAGAAUGGGAUCAUUCCGGGUGGGCUCGGAAUCCUAGUUCCUGGAAUGUCUACGAAGGUACAUGGAACGACGCAAGACACUGGGGUUCGACUUCGACGGGUCCCGGAUCAGCUGAUGGAUUCCACUUCGGACAGGUGGGGUCGCUAUGUGUCUUCAGGGGAAUCAAGAGGCGGCGGAGACGGAGUUCUACCAGAAGGCUGGGCGCCCUCCACGGAUGCUCAGGGCAAGGCUAUGAAGUACCGGAGGGACGACUCAAGUCGUGGUCCCUCUGAGAAGAUGAUUGUGUCCACGUUCUCAGGGCAGACCUCGUCCUCUGGAGACGACUUGGGCAUGUCAGCCAGGUCGUAUCUUCGUCAAAUUUCGGCAUGGCGAAGGAUGACGAGAAUGAGCGAAGACCAACAAGGGCUCACGCUCUACCAGCACUUGACAGACCGGGCGUGGAUUGAUGCAGAAAGGUUGGACAUGGACAGGCUGGCCAGCCGACAAGGCGUCGACUACUUCAUCGAGUGGAUCAAAGACCGGUACCUCGACGUGCAGGUGACCCAGAUAGGCCGUAGCUUGUCGGGGUUCUUCAGGGGCCUCCACCGCAAGGCUGACCAGUCGGUCAGGGACUACAUGGCGGACUUCGACCGGGCGUAUUCACGCCUUGCUGAGGUGGGUUGUCACCUACCAGACGUGGCUGCAGCUUGGGUCUUUGUAGACCGCAUGGGCCUCGAGGAACAGGCGGAACUGGAUCUCCUGGCGUCAGUGGGCAACCAGUAUUCUUUGAAAUCACUGCAACAGGCAGCUAUUGUACAUGAUCGUGGACUUCGGAAACCUUGGGAGAACCAGCAGCGUCCUCCGAGGAAAGAUUGGACUCCAAGGAAGGACUGGUCCACCAAGAAGCCGUACACCGCCCACCUGGCAGGGAUUGAGGAGUACGAAGCCUACGAGACAUCCGAGCCCUACGACCCUACGAACCAGGACGAGGAUGACUAUGACUGCGUGAACGAGGACGUCGCCCAGGAGCUCUUUCAGGCCUAUAUGACGCACGAAACCGCCAAACAGCGCUAUCGGGAGAAUGCCAAACUUCGUGGAUCCGACCCUGAGACCCUCAAGCAGCUGGCAAGCGACCGCUUGAAGGAUGCAAACGACGUGGUCACUGGCAUAAAGAUGCUGUGUGCCCACUCAACCGUGGCAACUCCGAGGGCACUGGAGCGGGCCAAGACUAUGUUUCCUUGUCAUGUGGUUCAUGUUACUUGGGAAAUCGACGGCUACGUCAACGAUGACCUCCUCGCGAUCACUGACACAGCGUGCUCCAAGUCGGUCGCCGGUUCAUCAUGGAUCGACUCCUACCUCACCGAGGCCCGUCGCCUUGGAUGUGACCCGCAGUUCACAUCGUGCAGAGAGGCUUUCAAGUUUGGGGCUUCGAAGGUCUUCAUGGCGUCGUACGGGGUUGUCCUUUGCUUUGAACUUGGCGGUUACAAAGUGAGUCUCAGAGUCGCGGUGGUGAACGGAGAUGUACCCUUGCUGGUUUCCCGCGGGGCACUGGGUGCCCUAGGAAUGGUGCUCGACGUGGCUGAGAACAAGGCCUGUUUCAAGAAACUAGGCGUGAAGGACAUGGCCUUGAAGGUGACCGAGACGGGACACCCAGCUUUUCAGAUCGUCCCCUCAGCCCUGCCGAAGUCUUUUGUGCAGGACUCCAAAUCGGAGUCGUCAGAGAUCCGCAUCUUUCCGCGGGGUGAGCAAUACAUGGCAGAUGGAGAUGUGUGGGGGCCUGGGGAUGAUUCCGAUGGGGUCAUGAAUGCAUCGGCGAGUUCGGGAUCCUUGACUUGUUCGACUUGUUGGAUGGUGAGUGCGUGUGAUGGUGCUGAAGAUGACCAAGGUGAUAGAGCACUUCCGUUGACCGAGACUCACCGUGAGCCCCCAGCCUACAAGAUCCUCUUCAGCCCUAAGAAGAUUGGUCCUGCUACUAGAAACUUCCUGUUGGAUGUUCACUUCAGUCCAGCUACCUUUGCAGCGUGGUGGUCCUCAACAAACGUCUCCAACGAUUUCUGGAUCGAGAGUGAAGAGUAUUUGGUGUCGAAGACUUUGUCGGAGUUCAACAAGGCCGAGCUCUUGGAAGAGGCACGAGCGCGCAACUUGUGGAUCAACGACAGGUGGUCGACAGUGGAGCUCAGGUCGGCCAUACAGGAGGACCGGAGGAACCCGUCGGAGAACCACCCCGUGAACACCACCAAGGGCAUGCACAACAUGACGUUGGAGCAGCUGAAGACCAGAGCGAUGGAGCUGGGCUACCACGUGCCACCCCACGGGACUCGGGGGACCCUCAUGAGGAUUCUUCAGGACCAGGGCGGAAUGGGGCCCGAGUCAGUGUUGGGAUUCGGCCGCUUCCGUGGCAAGGCCUUCAAGGAGACGCCGGUGGGGUACCGCAAUUGGGCCCUACGAGAGGUGGAGGCGAACGACAAUCCGUCCGAGGACCUGGUGAUGUUUGCCAACUGGUGGCAGGGAGAGAUCCACAAGUGGAAUGGGGCGCUGAAGGAGAUCAAGGUGAACGACCCCUACGACGCGGAGGAGAAUGCGACCAUUCCGUAUGUGGACGAAGGGAGUUCCACAGCCUCGUCGUGGGACGUGCUACAAAGGGAGGACACCAGCGAGGAGAAGGUCAGCCGAUGGACCAGUGAUGCCUACCACGGACCGGAUGGAGCAAGAGUUGCCCGCGAAUGUGAGCGAGGAGGUCCGCUACCUGGAGGAGAGACUGGCGCUGUUGAAGGACCAACAUGGACUCCCACCAAGGCCCUGAACGAGAAGAACUUCCACGGCAUGGACGCGGCGAACGAGGUCUUUGAAGGCGAAGGGAACCAGUUCAUUGAGGAGCACUGGGAAGAACCACAAGGCGACCCACCUGAACAUCACGGCUACUACGACGAGUUCCUGGACCACCUCGCCUACAAGGAUGCCGAGGAGAUCUACACCGCCGAGCACAAGGAGAUCAAGGGGAGCUUGAAUUCCAAAGACGAUGGAAGUGGUGCCCUACACGACACCGACGAGACCCCAGAACCCAACAAGGAGAAAUGCGAGGAGCUCGCCCGCGAGAAGUUGGUCACCAAGGAUUUCAGCUUUGACACCCUACUGAGGAUCGCUCGUCUUCUUCCUCUACGUAAACUCCGUAAAGGGAAAGCCCUACGUCGAGGCGGUGGAGCCACCUUUGAGUACUUCCUCGGCGGCCUCUACUCCUAUGGCAACAUGGUCGGGGUCUCUAACCAGAGCUCUCAGAUGCCAUGGACGGUCAAGUACGUGAACAGCUUUAUGAAGUCUCUCGGUAUGUCCCAAUGGUCGUCCUUUGUGCUCUUCAAGAAUGCUGCGACCCAGGUGCACGCGGACGUCCACAACAUGCCGGGCACCGACAUCAAGACGGUCUCCUUCGGACCGUUCCUCGGGGGAGAACUUUGGAUUCAUGAUGAAGGACAAGUCGCUGAUGACCCCGAAACUACGUGGAGAAGGGACGAACAAGGCAGGGAGCUUCCCGGGACCAACGUCGACACGAGGGAGAAGGUCUACUCUUUCAGCGGCAAGAUCAAGCAUGCUACACAGCCUUGGUCAGGAGAGCGUUGGGCGCUCUCUUGCUUUACUUCCCGUGGCUAUGGUCAGGCUACUGUCGCUCAACGUGAUCAACUACGAGAACUUCGAUUCGCCCUGCGUGGUCUCCCGCUCGUGGUUGGCACAAAAGAGGAGGAGAGGACGAUCGAUUCCGGAAGCAGGCCUAUCAAGAGCAUCCGAAAGGCCCUUUGGAGGAAGGCCGGGAGGUUGGCAGCUUUGACUACGUGGUGUGUGGCUGCGAGUGCGACCUGGACGGCGCAGUCAUUUCCGAUUGCCCGAGGACAAGAUGCAGUCUCCCUCUUUGAAAUCGGAGACUACACCAAGACUUUGGAGAUCACGGCCCUCGACUACCUCGCGGCGGAGCCCUUCGAUUACGUUGUCGGUGAUCGUGACAGUCUCGACCCUGAGACUGUGCAGCAUACCAUACAGGAGUUUGCCCCGGCCGUUAUUUGGUUGCAUGGGAACAAAACGGUCGGCUACCUUGAGGACAUCAUCGACUACCUCUUCGAGCACAUCGACAAAGGGAGGCAACUCGCACUUACCGCACAACCUGGUGAUCCAUGUUGGAACAGUGCCGGUAUACGAAGUAUGCUGGAGCGCUACGAGGGAAGAUGGUUUCGGCGAGAUGGAGAACCGGACGUUCUACGAGUCAACGACCCACAGCGAGACCUACAACCAGGAGCCACCGACCACGAGGAUAUCCCGCAGUUCAACGCCUACAUGAUCGACCACAAGCCCGGAGCCCGGGACGAGGAGGAGGAAGAGAAACCCAAGUUCGGGGCAGAGGCAAUUUCAUUCAGUGGAGGGAAGGGAUUGGCCUCGGAGGUGAAAUCUUCUCUUCGGCGUCUACACCAGAACCUUGGACACCCUUCCAACACAGACCUGGCGAGACAUUUGAGGCUCGCUGGGGCGGAUCCAGUUGUGAUCGAUGCGUGCAAAAGGCUACAGUGUCAGGUGUGCCAGAGGAACAAGAGAGGAGCAUCAGCGAAGCCGGCGUCACUCCCUAACCUUCUGAACUUCAACCAGGUGGUGGCCGUGGACGCCUUCUAUGUCUACGACAUGGAAGGGGAGAAGGUCGAGCUUAUGAUGGCAGUCGAUGUCGGAACAGGUUUCGUACUUGCGGGAAAACUUCAAGGACACUCUACCACGACGAUGGAAGCCUCGUUUUGUACCAUGUGGAGUAACACUUCUGGCGCUCCAGGAACUUUGGUGGUGGACUUGGAAUCCGGCCUUCAAGCCGGACUGGCUCGCUUCAGCGAGUGGCACGGCACCGACAUCAGGCCAAUAGCCGGACAGGCCCACUGGCAGAACGGCACCGUGGAACGCGCCAUCCGCACCUGGAAGGAGGUGUGGGGACGCAUCAUCGACGAGAGGUCCGCUACAGCAGAUGAGGCCAACAUGGUGGUAACAGCCGUCAACAAUGCGAUGAACACUUUACGACGAGAAUCAGGAUUCAGCCCUUCCCAGGCGGUGUGGGGCCGUGAUCCCAAACUUCCCGAGGAGGUCCACGGCAGCUACCAGGACGACCAUGUGGAGCACAUUAUAAGCCACGACCGCCAAAGGGCCCGCGAGCACACAAUCCGCAUUGCCGCCAAAGAAGCCUACUUCAGAUGCCAGAAUGACGCUCGACUGAGGGCAAGGGUUGGCGUUGAUGGCCAGAAGGCUCACAAGGGCAACCUUUGCAUUGCCAAGAUGUGCUGUGACAUCGGAGUUCGCAAGCCUCAUGAAGGCGUUGUCGCCGCUGACAUCGCGCGUGUGAGGUAUCGCGAGUCCACUGUCACUGUCGUGAUGGCGGCUGAUGCAGCUUUGGCUACUGUGACCGCUGGCGGCCAGCAGUCCAAAGAUGCAGAGCAAGCUCAUGCCAACCAAGGUGCAGUGUGCACCGCGGAGACGCUUCAAGUAGUGCACAUGAACACCAUCGAGUCUGUCAUGAUUCAGGUCGAUCGGUGCGCAUCAGGCCCGGUGCCGCCCGGCGCAGUUGCAGUGACAGCAGAGAGCAUGAUCUGCAGAGGACCCGAGGAUGGUGAGCCGCCAGAAGAAGCUUUCUCUGGGAUCACGCUACCUGUGAAGUCCGCACUUGAUUUGAAGCAAGAAAGGCUUAUUGGCUCCGUGACGAAGUACCUUCCUGUCAGUGGCUACGGCAUGGUGAAAAGUCACAUGUUCGAGGGCGAGCUGAUGUUCAGGAUAGAUCGAAUAAUGCCGGAGUUUCAGGCUCAUCCCCUUCAUGAGAACGAAGGAGUCGAGUUCGAUGUUCAGGCUGACGAGAACGGCAAAGCCGUGGCCGUAGCUGUAAAGCCGGUCCUGGGCAGGAAGCCAUACGAUGUUCUUGGCCAGCGGCACCGGGGCUACGUAAGGCGUUUCGCUGAGCGUUGGGGCUUCCUCAAUGCUGCCGCCUUCGACGGAGACCUCUUCGUUCACCGAGACAACCUCUUGCUUGAGCCGGGUUCUGAAACUGGUGCAGACGGGCAGCCGAUUCUCCGGACGGGGCAAGUUGUGGAGUUUGACGUUGCCCUUGAUGAUCGUAGAAGGGCGGUGGCGAAGCAAAUCACCACACGAGCUUUGCUGAGACCCGGCGAUUGGAUUGGCCACAGGUUGCGCGGGUACAUCCGAUCCUUCCAAGGCGCCUGGGGCUUCAUCAACUCCGACAGAUUUGCCGGGGAUCUCUUCGUGCAUCGCGACUCUUUGCUGGCGCAGUGCCAGAAUGCGCAGCUGGGCCUGAGUACGGUGGUAGAGUUCGACAUCGAACGAGAUCAUCACCGCAAGGGAGCAAAGAAUCGACUGGUGGCAAGGAACGUAGCCGUUCUCGGUCCCCCGGAGGCUGCUCCUCCUGCGCCGGCGCCAGCACCAGCGCUCCCUGGACCCGGGCAGGCACCUUCAACCGAUCCUGCACCCUUACACGGUCUUCCACACCCGCAUCCUUCACCU